CCUUUACGCACACCCCACAACCCUUUAACAUUAUUUCCUUUCUUUCUUUACUUACUUGUAUCUUUUUCUUUCUAAUACACACACACACACAAAGCUUCUUCUUUGAUCAAUUAUUUCAGCUCUUAUAAUGCCAGAUGAUGCCGUGAAUCUAUCCAUAAAUGGCCAGUCUCAGGUCCCUCCAGGCUUUAGGUUUCACCCAACUGAAGAAGAGCUUCUUCACUACUAUCUCAGAAAGAAAGUUGCCUAUGAGAAGAUUGAUCUUGAUGUCAUUCGUGAGGUUGAUCUCAAUAAGCUUGAGCCUUGGGAUAUACAAGAGAAGUGCAAAAUAGGAUCUACUCCGCAAAAUGAUUGGUACUUUUUCAGUCACAAAGACAAGAAAUAUCCGACAGGGACUAGAACAAACCGAGCAACAGCAGCCGGAUUCUGGAAAGCCACUGGCCGUGAUAAAAUUAUAUACAGCGGCUUUAGAAGAAUUGGGUUGAGGAAGACUCUAGUCUUUUAUAAAGGAAGAGCUCCACAUGGCCAGAAAUCUGAUUGGAUCAUGCAUGAGUAUAGGCUUGACGAUACCUCUCAUGACUCCACAGUCUCAAAUCCAAUAGGUGAUGGAAUCUCUGAGGAAGGAUGGGUGGUCUGCCGUGUAUUUAGAAAGAAGAACUACCAAAAAGCCCUAGAGAGUCCGAAAGGUUGUUCAUCAAGCUCAUUAAUGGAUUCAAAGACUCAAAUCCUUGGUGCCGGAAAUGAUGGAGUUCUUGAUCAGAUACUUCUAUAUAUGGGAAGAACUUGCAAGAUGGAGAACGAAUCGUUCAGCCACCAUUUGAAUCUGCCCAAUAACAACAUUAGAUUUCUCUCAGCCAAUAACACAGCCAUAACCGAAGGGUUACACGAAAGAUUUAUGCAUCUUCCGAGGCUAGACAGUCCAACUCUCCCAUCAGUGCCGAUCAGCACCCCGUCGUUCGAUCAAGAAAGAAAUUUCAAAUCAUGUUAUAACUCAUAUGAUGAUAUACUUUCAUCGGAGAACCAAGGGAAUAACGGCUUCGAAAUGAACACGUCAUCGGCUCAGGAGAACAGCAAAUUAUCAGGGGUUAAUGACUGGGUUGCUUUUGAUCGUCUGGUAGCAUCACAGCUAAAUGGUCAGGCAGAGACGUCGAAGCAAUUAUCAUGUUUUAGUGACCCAAAUGAAAGCUUUGGGCUCUCACCUGAUGAUGACAUGCAAUUAUCACACUUACAUGUGCAGUCCAAUAGAUCAAACCAGCCAAAUUCUCAGGUCUACAAUACAAGCGAGAAUGAUCUAUGGAGUUUCACUAAAUCAUCGUCCCCAUCAUCAUCAGAUCCAUUAUGCCACUUGUCGGUAUAACAUAAAUAUACCUCGUCAUUAUACAUUAUAGAAGCUCCUAAAAGGUGAUAUAGGUAUGUACAAGUAUACGUUAUCUUAUAUAUAUAGUACUUUGUCCAUAUA